AUGGAUUACCUCAAAGAAUUACUUGCACCAAAAACAUUUAACAAAGUCAGCCAUGUCGCAGUUGUUUUUUGGAUCCCGAUUGGUGUAAUUUUCCUUGGCAUUUUUGCAGAGAUUGAAAACGGCGAAUCCAGGUAUGAUUUCUACUGUGGCGGGGCGAAGAGUGAUGACAUCGACCUUGUGAGUGGAAAAUGUCUCGAGCUGUACGAGGAGCGGUACAACAAACACGGUGUUGCAAUCUAUUGCUUCGUGUUACUUAACUUUUUUCUCAUUGGAACUGUUUGUGCGAUUUACUCCCAAAUAGUGAGCCAUACAGUCGAUCAACUGUUGCCUAGCGCUCGUGAUGGUGAUCUCGAGAGACAGUCGCCCGACCAAGAUAAUACAUUAUCAACUGGAAAAAAGCUCUUUAACGCUUACUGCUGUCAACUUUUCACAAGGUUUCUGUUAGGGGUUCUCUUCAUGGUCCUACAAAGUCAAUUUCUUUAUCCUCUGGACUUUCCCUCCAGCUUUUCUUGUUAUCUAACCUCCGGAGGGAAUCAGCUAAGGAAUUCUACUGGCGUCAUGCAAAACUCCACAUCAAUCUUACACGAGUGUCAUAAUCAACGAGCAACUAAGAAAAACUCCUGGAUGCGCGCUGUUCUUGUCGUGAACGGAAUUUUUCUCUUUGGCAUUCUGUUAGAAACCGUCUAUAUUUUGCUACGAGCCUGGAAAGAGGAUAGUUUCAUGAAAAAUUCCAAGUUUCUAAAAGCUCACCUUAAAGAACAUGAAACGAACAUCCCACAUCUACCAGGCAAGUCUCAUGAAAAAAGAACAGAGCAAGAAACGAACGUUCCACAAGAACAACACCAGGAAGAGGAAAGUAAAGAACAUGAAACGAACAUCCCACAUCUGCCAAGCAAGCCUCAACAACUCCAAAAACCACCGCUUCAGGAAUUCAUAGACAAUACAAAGAAAAUUAUUAGCGAUGAGACAAAUAAACCUCCCCAACUCCGGUCGCCUUUUUCAAGUACUCCCGGCGAAGGACACCCAUCUAAACAUUUGACCCUGGAUCAGAUUUACACAAACCUUGUCGUUGUUCCAGACAGAGCCAAAUAUGAUUUUUCUGGAGGCAGAAGGGAGAAACUGGGAGUUUACACCAGAGCUGGUGAGAAAAACACAACACCUAGAGGGCCGGAGGACAUUCUUAACAACGAAAACAAAAACGUUUUGAUUGUUGGUCGUCCCGGAAUCGGAAAGACACUUUGCUGUACCAAACUCCUCAGAGACUGGGCAUUUAACAAAGUAUUCCAUGAAUCAUCUGAUGUUAAAAUCCAUUUUGAUGCUGCUUUCUUCAUCAAAUUCAGAGCAUUCAACGCGGCAACCGACCUUAGCCUCCGGGAACUGCUCACAUCGUCAGAACAUUCCCCCUCAAAUCACAUGGAUGAUGAAGUCUGGAAUUACAUCCUUGAGAACCCCCAAAGAGUUCUCAUUAUUUUCGAUGGAAUCGAUGAAUUUAAACCUAAUUCAAAGAUAGGGGAGGAAAAUUUCGAGCCUCAAUUCAAAAACCGCGUAGAUGAGAAGAUGCCCUUGUAUGCUCUAUACGAGAAGCUUGCGACUGGGAAACUACUCAACGGAGCUGCCGUUUUGACAACCACAAGACCUACAGCUUUGUCAUGCAUCGAGCGUGUUGAUUUCGACAAAGUUUUCGAGAUCCUCGGCUUCUCAUCCGAACAAGUCGAAGAGUACGUAAACAAAUUUGCUGAAGAGGAGAAGCAUGCGGGCGAAACAAUAUGGCGACACAUCGGCGGCAACAGGAACAUUCUCUCUCUAUGCUACAUUCCUGCGAGUUGCUUCAUCAUUUGCUCAACUCUCUUUCAAAUGGUGAAGUUCUAUGGUUCUAAAAGUCUUAGCCUACCAACGAAAUUAACAGAUAUUUACAAGAAGGCAGUGAAAAUAUUUUACUUAAGACACAACGAAGAAUUCCGUGGCAAGAAUUUCACUCGCGAAGAUUUUGAAUCAGAUAAUUUGCCCCCUAACGUUGAAAAGAAAUUCGAGAAACUUGAAAAAAUGGCAUUUGAAGGAAUUAAAGAAGGAAGGCUGGUCUUCGGGGGAAACGAAGUACGCGGAUUGGAAGGCAGCGCUCUUUUUCACCGCUUACCCGACCGUGAAACUGCCGCGUCAAAACGUGAACAACAAUUCUGUUUCAUUCAUUUAACAAUGCAAGAGUUUUUCGCUGCGAGGCACCUAGCAAACAUGGAUGAAACAGAACUGAGGAACUUUGUUUCUACGAACAUCGCGGACGGCAAAUGGCAGCUGGUUUUUCAGUUUCUAGCAGGACUAAUGAACGAGAAAGAAAACCUACCGAGCGAAAUCAUCACAGACCUUCUUCCUGUGGAAACUGAAGAGAAAGAAAGCGAGUGGUACAACGAAGAGUGGACAGAGGAUAUGGAGCCAAGGAAAGUAACUUGUUGGCCGACUGAAGACAAAAAACAUUUAGCAGUGACAUUAUUUAAAUGCAUUAACGAAAGUAGUGAGAUGGAGGAAAUAGUUCAGAGAAAACUACAACAAAUUAACUUUAAUUUUGUAAAUUUUAAUGAUUGUCAACUCACACCUGUUGAUUGUGCUUCAGUAGUUACUGUAAUUAAGAAUGUUCAACAAAUUUCACAUUUAGAUUUGGCCUACAAUAACUUUGGUCCAUUAGGUUGUUUUGAAAUUUGUAAGUUGUUAAAAUGUAGUAAAUCUCAACUGAGCUGGUUAAACCUCAGAGGAAAUCAAUUGACAGACGAAGGAGCAAAGUAUUUAGCUGAAGCCAUCAACAACAACAACUGUCAGCUACGCACGUUAAACCUCACAAGAAAUAACAUCUCAGACAUUGGAGCACAGCACUUGGCUGAAGCCAUCAACAACAACAACUGUCAGCUACGCACGUUAGACCUCUCACAAAAUAACAUCUCAGACAUUGGAGCACAGCACUUGGCUGAAGCCAUCAACAACAACAACUGUCAGCUACGCACGUUAAACCUCUACAGAAAUAACAUCUCAGACAUUGGAGCACAGCACUUGGCUGAAGCCAUCAACAACAACAACUGUCAGCUACGCACGUUAAACCUCUCAGCAAAUAACAUCUCAGACAUUGGAGCACAGCACUUGGCUGAAGCCAUCAACAACAACAACUGUCAGCUACGCACGUUAAACCUCACAGAAAAUAACAUCUCAGACAUUGGAGCACAGCACUUGGCUGAAGCCAUCAACAACAACAACUGUCAGCUACGCACGUUAUACCUCACAGCAAAUAACAUCUCAGACAUUGGAGCACAGCACUUGGCUGAAGCCAUCAACAACAACAACUGUCAGCUACGCACGUUAAUCCUCUCAGCAAAUAACAUCUCAGACAUUGGAGCACAGCACUUGGCUGAAGCCAUCAACAACAACAACUGUCAGCUACGCACGUUACACCUCACAGCAAAUAACAUCACAGAAGCAGGUAAACAACACGCAGAGAAUUUACUUAGCAAUAGUCAGUCUAACUGUCGCCUUAUUAUCUAACAUCGCCAAUUCACAAAUAAUUGCUUAAUCUGGAAAAAAAAGUUAAAUAAUCACUUACAAUUCAAAAUGUGAGGCAACCAGCUCAGUGACAAUUACAACACAACCACUAAAAUCGUGAAUGAACGAAAGAAAACAAAGUUUGUGAAGCGCUCAGAGCAGAGAGAUUAUUUGAACCGGAUCGAAAUGAAGAAAAAUGAACCAAUGAACAUGUUUAUUGAGAACAAAGGAUGUCAAAGUGUCUUUUUUUGUAAACGAACCAAUUAACAUUGAAGUUAAAACACAAAACUUACUGCAUAGAAAACAAACAAACCUCGGACCU